AUGGCUCCAGCCGUUUUGACUCUGCCUUCAACGUAUACUGGUGUGGUUACAGGUUUGAGUACUUCAACAAAUACUGGUGUGGUUGCUGGUUUGAGUAGUCUGCCUUCUACAAGUACCGGUGUGGUUGCUGGUUUAAGUAGUCUGCCUUCUAUUAGUACCGGUGUAGUUGGUGGGCUAGCUGUCAUGGCUGCGGUCGCUUUGACCUUGCCUUUAACAAAUACUGGUGGGGUUGGAGGGCUAGUUAGGGGUGGCCAACCUAGUAGCGUGAAGAUGAUGCGUCCUAAAUCCGCUCGUGCUUUGAGCAUGAGGUGCAAGAGUAGUACUAGUAGCACUAGUAGUGUUUCUAGUUUCUGCGGACUCGGUAGGUUUGAUGCCCUAGAUAUGGUGGCCAGGCCUAACGAGGACAACUCAAUCCCUUCGGGUUCCAAAAGUCGGAAGGCUAGGAUAAGUGGAAGAGCUGCACCUAAGUCCAUGUUUGAGCAGUUCACAGCCUCUUUCCCUUGGAGUUCCGAGACUCAAAAUACAAGUACUGGAAGAUGGGAGGGUGAUAAAAGUUAUAUUAUUCGAAAUGGGUAUACAAGUACUGGAAGAGGGCAUGAUGAUGAGAUUACAACGCCAACUCUAGAGGAGUGUGGGACUAAUUUAACCAAGCAAGCAGCAGAGGGAAAGUUGCAUCCUGUUAUUGGAAGAGAAGAACAAAUAUCACUUGUCAUCCAAAUAUUGAAUAGGCUGACCAAGAAAAAUGUCUGCCUGAUUGGAGAACCUGGUGUUGGGAAGACUGCAAUAGCAGAAGGGCUUGCUCAACGUAUUGCAAGUGGCGACGUUCCACAUUCACUAGCCAACAAGAAGGUUGUAAGUCUUGAUGUGGGUCUUCUUGUGUCUGGUACCAAGUACCGUUGAGAGUUUGAGGAAAAAAUGAAGCUCCUAAUGGAGGAAAUCAAACAAAGUGAUGGUCAAGUUAUUCUGUUUAUCGAUGAGAUGCACAAUUUAAUGCAAACAGGAAACCGAUCAUCAGAAGAGGGGGGAGGAAUUGAUGGUGCAAAUUUAUUGAAGCCGGCUCUUGCAAGAGGUGAACUGCAGUGCAUUGGAGCCACAACGCUAGAUGAAUACAGAAAGUAUAUUGAAAAGGACCCAGCAUUUGAAAGAAGAUUCCAACCGGUCCAAAUUCCUGAACCAACUGUGGAUGAAACCAUACACAUUUUGAGAGGGCUUCGACAACGAUAUGAGAUCCACCAUCAAGUCCAGUAUACAGAUGAAGCCCUGAAAGCAGCAGCGCAGCUAUCUCACCGAUACAUCAGCGAUCGGUUUCUUCCUGAUAAAGCAAUUGACUUCAUCGAUGAUGCUGGUUCUGCAUUAAGACUGCAUCGUCCUGCACAGCUUCCUAAAGAAGCUCAAGAGCUUGACAAUAUUCUGAGGCAGAUAACAAAACUGAAGAAUGAAGCUAUUCAUGGACAAGAGUUUGAGAAGGCUUCACUAUUACGUGACGCAGAAUUGGAUCUUAAGACACAGAUAUGUGAGGCAUUGGAUAAUGUUAAUGGUGGAAGUACUGUUACUGAAUUGGAUAUUCAACACUGUGUGUCCCGUGGGACUGGUAUUCCGGUUGAGAAAGUGUCAACAAAUGAAGCCGAUCGCCUCCUCAAGAUGGAAGAGACGCUCCAUAAGCGGGUUAUUGGUCAGGAUGAAGCAGUCAGGGCUAUUAGCAGAGCUAUUCGUCGAGCUCGUGUUGGACUGAAGAAUCCUAAUAGGCCAAUUGCCAGUUUCAUCUUUUGUGGUCCGACUGGUGUUGGAAAAUCUGAGCUCGCGAAAACUUUGGCGACUGGCUAUUAUGGCUCUGAAAAAUCAAUGGUGAGGCUUGAUAUGAGUGAGUUCAUGGAACACCUUUCUGUUUCCAAGCUCAUUGGUGCUCCCCCUGGUUAUAUUGGUUACUACGAAGGCGGUCAGCUGACUGAAGCCGUUCGUCGAUGUCCUUACAGUCUGGUGCUUUUUGACGAGAUUGAGAAGGCUCAUCCUGACAUUUUCAACUUGAUGCUUCAAAUACUUGAGGAUGGAAGAUUGACUGACAGCAAGGGCAGAACUAUAGAUUUCAAGAAUACACUAAUCAUUAUGACGUCUAAUGUUGGAAGCAGUGACAUUGAGAACAAGGAUGGCAAUUACAAACAAAUUAAGGGCUCGGUGACAGAGAAAUUGAAACACCACUUUCGACCAGAGUUUUUAAAUAGGUUGGAUGAAACAAUUGUUUUUCAGCAGCUGACUAAGUUGGAGGUAAAGGAAAUUGCAGAUAUAAUGCUGAAGGAGUUUCAUGAUAAGCUCAAGUCCAAAGAGAUAAAGCUUCGGGUGACAGAAAGGUUCAAAGACAAAGUGGUUGACGAAGGAUGACCAAGCUAUGGAGCAAGGCCUUUAAGAAGAGCCAUAACAAGACUUUUGGAGGACACCAUGGCUGAGAAGAUGCUGGCAAAUGAGAUCAAAGAGGGCGACUCAGUUAUUCUGGAUGUCGAUUCUGAUAGGAAUGUGAUCAUGUUCAUCAAUGGCAGCAGCUAA